UCUUCUGUGCGAAUUUGAUCUGUGCGGGCGUGCAGACGCGCUUUCAAUUAAAAGUUCUCUUGUUCCGCCAUAAUCCAAUCAACUCCCCAUCCGGUAUCCCGUGUUUUGCUAACACAAAGUUAAGCUACCGCACGAAUUUUGUGGGCAGAGGGGCCAGCAAUUGGACGAGGUCUCAGCGAUCAACAAUUGGGUACAUAUCGGAGGAACCUCCCAUACAUAGUCUCUCUUCUUAUACCGCCAUACUACAUUCAGGAGCCAAAUCCCGCCGCAGGGAGUCCACGUGAAAUUUUAUCAUCACAGCGCCAAUUGAGAGGUGGAAGGUUGCUUUCUGUACCACAAUCCUGUGAUUUGUUUCAAGAAGCAAAUUGUUCAAUUGCGGAAAAUCUUCUCUGAUAUUUCCACGCAAAAAAAAUCACCCGAAGAUUUGCAAUACUAUCUGCUUUUACCUUUUGCUUUUAAUUUGAGUGCUGUGAAAGGACUAUAAAAACUUUCUUCCAAAGCUUCGAAAAGUUCAUUAAAAAAAGUGACUAAAUAAAAUUUUUAAAGGAGUCAUAGCACAAAAAAGCGCGUUAGUUGAAGUGAAAGAGUUAAUUUGGUGUGCAUUUCUAUCUGGCAUUUGUCGGUGAAGGCAUCGCAAAUCUUCUCACAGACGCCAAAUUGCAUGCACAUCGUGGAUUUCCGUCAUUGUACGACACCCCUUGGUAUCUCGGAAAAGCGAUUACGACCAUUGGGUCAAUUUGGUGAGCCACUCCACUGCUUGUAGGAAUAUUGUUUUCCGAAUAAUCUCUGACUGGCAAGCUUAUCCAAACAGCUGUGCAGAUUCAUCAAGACAUAAAAGAGUUUUAAAAGAAUCUGGACGAAUAAUUCACACACAUUUUCGCGCUGCUUUUCAAUUAUCUCUUGCAAUUCAGUGUGCAACAUUGCCAUCAUAGCAAUUUGAAAUUCACCGAGAGACGACAAAAAGAAGCAAUAUUACGCAUUAUUGCACAUUGUGGAUAUAAAACAGUUUGUUUCCCAUCGGCAAAUUGCACACACACUUGGUGUUGGCAGAACUAUAUUCUCACAUAGAAUCCGUUAAAGAAAUUGUUCAAGUGAGCGACCGCGUGUUGUGUUUGGUACGAGGCGAAGAAUUGAAGACAAAAUGGAUGAAGCUAAUAAAAAAAUGGAGUCUGCAGAUCCAUCAGUAACUCUCACAAUUCGACUUAUAAUGCAGGGAAAGGAAGUAGGAAGUAUCAUUGGCAAAAAGGGUGAAAUUGUAAAGAGAUUUCGUGAAGAGUCUGGUGCCAAAAUAAACAUUUCCGAUGGAUCAUGUCCGGAGAGAAUUGUGACGGUAUCUGGAUCAACAAAUGCCAUAUUCAAAGCAUUUGCACUCAUUACAAAGAAAUUCGAAGAGUGGUGUUCACAAUUCAAUGAUGUCAAUACUCCAGGUGGAAAGACACAGAUUCCGAUUCGUUUGAUUGUACCGGCAAGUCAGUGUGGUUCAUUGAUUGGGAAAGGUGGUUCCAAAAUUAAGGAAAUUCGUGAAGGAACUGGCUGCUCCAUUCAAGUUGCUAGUGAGAUGUUGCCAAAUUCGACUGAACGUGCUGUUACUUUAAGUGGUACUGCUGAUCAAAUAACUCAGUGUAUUUAUCAUAUUUGCUAUGUGAUGCUGGAGUCACCACCAAAGGGUGCAACAAUUCCAUACCGACCAAAACCACAAGUGAAUGGUCCUGUAAUUCUGGCCAAUGGACAAGCUUAUACAAUUCAAGGAAAUUAUGCGGUACCAGCUCAAGAGACCUGCACAGUAUUUCCACUAGCGUUGGCCGGUGGCCUCCAUGCUGGCAUCUCGGGUCUAGCUGAUCCACUCCUGAAAGGGGCACAUCUGCCAGCCGCAGUGCCUCCACAUCAUCUACAGCAAAUACCUGAUCAGAUGGGUGGACUCACCAAGAACCCUUUGGCAGGAUUAGCAGCUCUAGGAGCUCUUGGUAUGGCUCCGUCAAAUACAGGAGGUUUGAAUCCCACAGCAUUGGCCGCUUUGGCUGGAUCUCAGCUACGUUCUAAUAACACAAAUCGCAAUCAACAGACAAAUCAGCAGCAACAUGAAAUGACGGUGCCAAAUGAUUUGAUUGGAUGCAUCAUUGGGAAAGGUGGUACCAAAAUUGCUGAAAUACGACAAAUAUCUGGUGCCAUGAUUCGUAUUUCAAAUUGUGAGGAACGCGAGGGCGGCAAUACGGAUAGAACAAUCACAAUUAGUGGAAAUCCCGACUCUGUGGCACUCGCCCAAUAUCUGAUUAACAUGAGGAUUUCCAUGGAGACUGCUGGUCUGCCUCUGCCCGGAUAUCACUACAUCGCCCCGAAUCACAUAGUAAAGGCGCCAAUCCAUUGAAUCCAUCAACAACCGUUUCAAUCAGCGCUACGCCCACAGAUGAGUAACAUUUACAACACAGUCUCGGCCGAUUAUUUUCUUCUGCCACAGCAAUCUUUCUCACAGUCACUUCCUCCAGCUUCUUUUCCCACCAUAUCCACCCGGUGGCCACACUUUGUCACUUACCUGUGGAAGGCUGCUGGUGAGAUUUACACUACAGCCGAUUGAAGUAAAAAAACAAACAGUUUUAAAAAAAGAAAUCUACAAAGCAAGAAUCACAAUAUUUUUUCGCCCUCUACUAUGUCUCUUUUAAAAUUAAACAUAAAAUAAUAAUAUUUCUGUUGGGCUUUCGUUAAGUUUAAAAAUGUUCUUUUUUUAGUUUCUUUUUUUAUAAAAAAAAUAUUUUACAACAUGUCUCGUUAUUUAUACAUAUCUCGACAAAACAUACAUAUCUAAAUUACCUUUUAACAAAAUUCCUAGUAAACCUACAUAUUUGCACCCAAUCCCAAAUUGUGAGAUUCAUUAAAUCAAAUCGACUCACAGGCUUGGAUUAUCUGAAUUAUGAGGCAACAGAUUUAAUACAGAAAAAAAGUGUUUCGAUGAGAUUUUUUGCACUUGUCAGAAACUUAACGAAACUACGAUUUUCCCAGUGAAUUUACGUUAAAAAAUUUUACCUCAAUGUAUUUGAAACAUAUCUCCAACAAUUUAAAAAAAAAUGAAAACACCGAAAAUAUUUAAAAGAAAUCCGCUACACCGCCAUUUUAUUUAACAUCGUCUUCGUAUCGUGAGAUAGAAAAAAAAUUGAUGAAUAAUAUAGCAACAGGAUGCUUAAAGGGAAUAUUAAAGAAAAAAAAAAAGAGAAAAUUAGUAGAAAACUGAGUCAUAUCUCAUUGUAAACAAAAAUGAAUUUAUUGAAAGUGCCAAACUUACACAAACCUCACCUUUGUUUUAUUUAUUUUUUUCUUAUCAAAUGUAACGAAGAUGAACGGAAAAAUUAUUGAUGAAACGCUAUUUAAUGAAAAACUUUAUUUGUCUGCGUUUUAUUUUGAAGGUUUUAAAAAAGGAAAAAUUUCAACAACAUUGAUUGAGAUUGAGACAGAUUCAAAGAAGAAACUUAAUGCGAAAAAAAGUGAAAAGAAUGCAAAAAAAAAGAGUAACAAAUACGUGUAAUUUAGGUAGAAUGUAUUUUAGAUAUUCUUAUUUAUUAUCCAAUAAAAUACUAUUCUAUAGAUGAGAAAAUACUUAAAAAAAAAGAGGAUUUAGGUGAGGGAAAAAGUGAAGAAAAAAAAUCAAGUGAUAAUUAUUUGCAAAAAAAUGGAGAAAGUGGAAAUUAUACUUUGACUAAAUAAAAAUAAAUACGACAUUUAUUUUUUACAACGUGAGACAUUUAAUUUAUAAUUUAAAGAAAAAUAUUUAUAAUUAGGGUGGAAGAAGAAAAAUGCGGAUCAAUAUUUAACUUAUGAGUGUUGAAAAUUUUUUUAGCCGAAAAAAAAACGACUUGAACAUUUUUUAGUUUUUAGUUUUUAUUAAUAAAAAUAAUAUUUAAGAAGAAAUUUUAGAAAGAGAAAAAAAGACGGGCGAAUAUAAAAGCACUGGAAGAUUUAUUGUUUUUAUCUUCAAGCAAAUAUACAUUAAAUGAGAAAAAAACAUACAAAUAAGAUACAAGAGACGUAAAGUAGAGAAAAAAUGUGUUGACACUUUAUUAAAUAAUUUUUAAGUACAAUUAUAUUUAAAGAAAGAAGUGAAAUCUUAGUAUAAUAAAUGAGCAAAAUUGCUGGGUAAAAGAAACUGAGAGACUCCGUGUAAAAUGGGGUAGACAUUGAUAUAAAAAAAAACUGCGAAGAGGUUAAAAAAAAAAGACAAUAUUAUUUGUAAAUAAUAAGUAAUAUGGAAAAAAUGGUAAGUAUUUGAAGAUGAAAUAAUUACAAUUGUCAAAGAAAAAAUAUAUAUUAUAUAUUGAAAUAGUGAUGAAAAUUAUUGCAAAUGUGGGAGGUGGAAGAUAAAAAGAAACAUAUUUAAUUCAUUUUAAAAGUAAUUAAAAUGAAUAACUGAGAAAAUUGGGAACAAGUUAUUCUAAUUCUAAUUAAUUAUUAACGUAAAAUUAAUAUCAAUUCAUUUUUUAAAUCAUAUUUCAAAAUAUACUGUCAUAUUAAUUGUAGAUAACAAAAAAAAAGUAUAAUCGUAUAUGAAUUGAUGGUAGAUUUAAUGAUGAAAACAAAACAAAAAAAAUAUUUAUUGUUUGAUUAUUCUCUUAAAAUGUAAAAAAAAAAGAAAUUCAAAAGGUAAGUAUUCAAAAAAAAACUAAUACAUCUCAAAAAUAAAUAAAAAAAACAACAAAAUAGAUUUUUAUAUAUUUUCAAAAUCAGUAUUGGUGAAAAACUCUUCUUCUAACAUGAAACAAAAAAUAGAUUUUUCUUUUAUAUCUACGUUGCAUACUUUUUUUUACUUACUAUUUGUUCCACAAAAGCAAAGACAUUGAGAAUGUCCUCUUAACGUUAAAUAUUUCUAACUUUAGAAAAAAAGAACAAAGUGAAAAAAAUAGUAUGAAAGUAAAGAAAAAAAAAUUAAGAAUUUGACAAAGAAGCAAUAUUAAUCGUAAAAAAAAAUGAUCUAUUUCAUGAUUUGAGAGAAAAAUAAAUUCAAUCAAUAAGAGGAGAUGUCAAAACGUAUGAAGGGUUAAAAAAAAACAUUAAAAAAACAAAUUAAGAAUGCAACGAAAAAAAAUGAGAAUUUCCUCAAAAGUUUCGGUUACACUCAGCGAGAAAAACAUGAAGAUUAUUUUGCAAGAAUCAAAUAAAUAAUUUCUGAUUAUUCUUUUUCGGAAAAUGGGAUCAAGCCAAAGAAUUUUAUAAAUAUAGAAAAAAUAAUUUAAAGAAAAAUGAAAAAAAUGUAGAAGAAUGAAUAGUUUGAAAAAUUAAAAUUAGCAUUUUUUUUUCAUUAGAACUGCACUCAAAGUGCCAAACAAUCUCGAAUAUUGUAAAAUGAGGGUGUUCUCUCUAAUUCAUUAAUGGAGUUUUGAUCGUUUUAUCGUAUUUUUCUGACAAAAAAUUGCUUUUCUGUUCAUAUUUGUUAAAUUAAUAAAAUUUUCUUGAUCAAUUAAAAUGCUGGAAUUUGAAAACAAAAAUAUUUUCUUUUAAUUUUCUGGCAGUUUAAUAAAUGUCAGAAACAAUUACAAAUAAAAAUAUUUUGAAAAAAGGAAGUUCAUGAGGAAUUUGAGAAAAAUCCGAAGACGGAGCAUUUCCAUUAAACGUUAUUUAAGACUCCAAAAUGUCUUAGCUGCACUCAAAAAAUAUCGAAAGCUGACUCAAAUAAUGUCAAAUUGAGACUCAAAAACAUUCUAAUGCACACGAAAUAUUUCACCUUAUUGAAAAGUACAGGAAAUAAAUUUUUGCCGAGCUGUUAAAAAUAAAAAUUAGUAAGAGAACUUACUUGGAAAAAUUCUAAAGCGGGCGAUUGUGGUAUAUUUGCGGCCAACAUCAUCAUGGUAGCAAUUUUUUGGUACUCAUUUUUCUAAGGAAAAUGUAUGAGGCUGUCCACUCCAUGAUUAAAAACAUCAUGGUAAAAUGUUAAGAUAUUUUUUGAGUCCCAAUUAGACAUUUUGAGUUUGCUUUAGAAAUUACUUGAGUCUCAAUUUGACAAAGCAUCUAUUCGUUUUUGUAAAUCCUUGUAUUUCGUUUAUUCGAUAUUUUAUCGCUUCCAAAAUUUCACUAAUGAAUUAAAGGGGAAUUUCCCUCUCAAUUGCGGUUUUUCGUUUUGCGACAAAACAAUUGAGCAAUGUUGAGAAAAAUUAAUAAAAAUUGUGAUAAGAUAAUGAAUUUGAUCUUCAAGUAAUAAUUUUCCUCAGUUUUUCUUCCAAUGAGACUUAUCAAAUUAAAAGAUAUAGGUAUUAUACAUUUGGAUUAUUUUAUUCGCGGUAAUUUAUAUAAGAAAAAAACAUGUCUUUGAUUCAUCAUUAUAAAAAGAAAAUAAUCAUUUCACUUGAUAUAUUUAUCUAAUCAUUCUUAACACAAUAUAUAUUAUAUAAAUUUUACAUAUUUGAAAUCAUGCAAUAUUAAUUUAAAAGAAAAAAAACAAAGUAUAUUAAAAUACCACAUAAGGUGAGAAAUAAUGUAAGAGAAAAAUUAUACUAUAAAAGAUGAUAAAAAAAAAAUAGUCAGCAAACCGUUGAAUUUUAUUGUUAUACUGAGAAAAAAAAGUGAAAAAUAGUUGCAAGUAUUUGAACUAUAUUAAAAAAAUGAUAGCUACAAGAAAAUAUGAAAUUAAACAUAAAAAUGAAAUAAGGUUUUAAUAAAAAAAAUAUGAUAUUUAUGUAUAAUACGUAACUUAGGGCUGUUUUGAAAAAACAAGGUGAGAACAAGUAAAGGACUUUAAAGAAAAUCAAUUCAAAAAUAUUAUUUUACAUAAAUAUUAAUGUUCUCAGCUAAGACAAAUGAUAUUUCGAUUUUUUAUUUAAAAAAAAGGAACAUAUGUAGUACUUUAAGAAGGUCUAAAGUAUAGUUCAAAAUUUCGAGAAAGUUUUGUAUUUUUUUAGGUUAUUUUUGAAAGCAAAUUAAAAAAAAAUAUUCUUUUUUCUUAUUUUCUCACAAAAGCAACAAGUUUUUAGGAAAAGAAUUAAUUUGGAUUAUUCAAAAAUUUUGAACUAUACAAUUGCCUUUGAUUUUUUUUAGUUAAAAAUAUAUUUAGCAUAUUAAUGUUAGUUUUAUGUAAACUUUUAUUUUCUAGAAAAUUAUUUUUGUGUGCCAAAAUGCGAAGAAAUAUUGGGUAGUCAGUCAGAAUGAUAAAGACUUUGAGAAAAAAUGUUUCUUUUUGUUGCCUGACUAUCUAAUUGGUAGGCAUAGGGAAUUUAACUUUUACGUAAAUAUACAUAACUUUGAAACUUUAUAUUUAGAAGAAUCUAUAGUCUUGUUUCUUGAAUUUUUCUUUUAACCCUUUUAGGGCCGACAUGAAACAAAUAUUUUGAUAUAUUUAUUUUUCUUUUAAAAAUUAUCCAAAAUCUAAUUUUAUUUU